UGAAUCUCUCCGACCGUAACUGUUGCAUUCGCUGAAGAAGGUGAGCGGAGAAAAUGGGGACUUUAUACUUCUCCGCUACUUGUUCUCGGUCAAGUUUGUGCUCCAACUUGAGGGAGUUCAACUCCGGAGGGAGAAAUUCCAAGUUUUUCCUGCUAAAGUCGCUGCAUUUUGGUCAAUCAAGGAGAAGCCUAUUGAUCAGGCGUGUCGCUAGCGAUCAGAAGCAGGAAUUCAAGGAUCCUGUCACCGAAGAAGCUCUUCUAGACACUUUCGUUCCAGACUCAGCCUCUAUUGCAUCAAGUAUUAAAUAUCAUGCUGAGUUCACACCAUCUUUCUCACCAGAACAGUUUGAGCUCCCGAAGGCAUUCUAUGCAACUGCCGAAAGUGUUCGGGAUUCUCUAAUCAUAAAUUGGAAUGCUACGUAUGAAUACUAUGAGAAAAUGAAUGUCAAGCAAGCAUAUUAUCUUUCCAUGGAGUAUUUACAGGGUAGAGCUUUGCUAAAUGCAGUUGGUAAUUUAGAGCUCACAGGGGCUUAUGCAGAAGCUUUAAAGAAGUUGGGGCACAAUCUAGAGGAUGUAGCUAGACAGGAACCAGAUGCUGCACUUGGAAACGGAGGCUUAGGAAGGCUUGCUUCAUGCUUUCUGGACUCUCUGGCAACACUUAACUACCCUGCAUGGGGAUAUGGCCUUAGGUACAAGUAUGGCUUGUUCAAACAGCUUAUUACAAAAGAUGGUCAGGAGGAGGUUGCAGAAAAUUGGCUUGAGAUGGGAAAUCCAUGGGAAAUUGUGAGAAAUGAUGUCACCUAUCCUGUGAAAUUCUAUGGUGAAGUUAUUUCAGGGCCAGAAGGAAGCAAACAAUGGGUUGGAGGUGAAAAUAUAAAGGCUGUUGCUUAUGACAUCCCGAUACCCGGAUAUAAAACCAAAACUGCAAAUAACCUUCGACUGUGGUCAACCAAAGUUGCACCAGAAGAUUUUGAUUUGCGUGCUUUCAAUGCUGGCAAUCAUGCCAAAGCAUCAGAAGCAAUAAAGAAUGCUGAAAAGAUUUGUUAUAUAUUGUACCCUGGUGAUGAAUCAACUGAGGGAAAGACUCUUCGAUUGAAACAACAAUACACAUUAUGCUCUGCUUCUCUCCAAGAUAUUAUUUCACACUAUGAGAAGAGAUCAGGGGAACCUGUGAAUUGGGAAAAUUUUCCUGAAAAAGUAGCAGUGCAGAUGAAUGAUACUCACCCUACGCUUUGCAUCCCAGAGCUAGUAAGGAUAUUAAUGGAUGUCAAGGGUUUGAGCUGGGAGAAAGCUUGGAAUAUUACUCAGAGAACUAUUGCUUACACAAACCACACAGUGCUACCUGAGGCACUGGAGAAAUGGAGUUUGGAGCUUAUGCAGGAAUUGCUUCCUCGACAUGUUGAGAUCAUUAGAAUGAUUGAUGAAGAGCUUAUUAAGACUAUAGUUGCUGGAUAUGGCACAGAGGAUCUUGACCUUCUGCAAGAAAAGCUUAAACAAAUGAGAAUUCUAGAUAAUUUUGAAUGGCCUGAGUCAGUAGCUGAAUUGUUUGUUAAGCCAGAAGAAAAUUCCUCACUUGAUCCCAUAAAGGAAGAAGAUGUUUCUAAUGAAGAAAUUAAAACUAUAAGUGAUGAAGACGAACCUGAAGGACAAGACCCUGCGAAGAAAAACGAGGAAACACUUGAACCAGAGUCAACUCCUCCAAAGAUGGUCCGAAUGGCUAACCUAUGUGUUGCUGGUGGAUAUGCAGUGAAUGGUGUUGCUGAGAUUCAUAGCGAAAUUGUGAAAAAUGAAGUUUUCAAUGAUUUCUAUGAGCUGUGGCCUGAGAAAUUUCAAAAUAAGACAAAUGGGGUGACACCAAGAAGAUGGAUUCGUUUCUGCAAUCCAGACCUGAGUGAGGUCAUAACAAGGUGGACUGGAACAGAGGACUGGAUCCUUAACACUGAGAAACUGAUGAUACUCCGGCAGUUUUCUGAUAAUGAGAACCUCCAAUCUGAAUGGAAGGAAGCAAAAAGAAGAAACAAGGUCAAGGUUGCAUCAUUCCUCAAAGAAAAAACAGGAUAUGUUGUCAAUCCCAACGCAAUGUUUGAUGUUCAGGUGAAGCGUAUUCAUGAAUACAAACGACAAUUAUUAAAUAUUUUGGGAAUAGUCUAUCGCUAUAAGAAAAUGAAAGAGAUGAACCCUGAGGAAAGAAGAGAAAGCUUUGUUCCUCGGGUAUGCAUAUUUGGUGGAAAAGCAUUUGCUACGUACAUCCAAGCCAAAAGGAUAGUGAAAUUUAUCACAGACGUAGGGGCUACAGUAAACCAUGAUCCAGAAAUUGGAGAUCUGUUGAAGGUUGUCUUUGUUCCUGAUUACAAUGUAAGUGUGGCAGAAGUGCUUAUUCCUGGCAGUGAGCUUUCUCAGCAUAUCAGUACUGCUGGAAUGGAGGCCAGUGGAACUAGCAAUAUGAAGUUUGCAAUGAAUGGUUGUGUCUUGAUUGGCACAUUAGAUGGAGCAAAUGUUGAAAUAAGACAAGAAGUUGGAGAGGAUAACUUCUUCCUCUUUGGUGCACGGGCUCAUGAAAUUGCAGGCCUGAGGAAAGAAAGAGCUGAGGGAAAGUUCAUUCCAGACCCCCACUUUGAAGAAGUCAAGGCAUAUGUCAGAAGUGGUGUUUUUGGUCCCUACAACUAUGAAGAGCUGAUGGGAUCCUUGGAAGGAAAUGAAGGUUAUGGUCGUGCGGAUUAUUUCCUUGUAGGCAAGGACUUCCCCAGCUACCUAGAGUGCCAGGCGAAGGUUGACGAGGCCUAUCGAGACCAAAAAAGAUGGAUGAAAAUGUCAAUUUUGAACACUGCUGGAUCAUACAAGUUCAGCAGUGACCGCACUAUCCAUGAAUAUGCUAGAGACAUAUGGAGGAUUGAACCUGUGGUGCUACCGUGAUUACUCUUUGUAAUUCUCCUCCUGGGAAUACAUGCAAAUUGUAGUCAAGUAUGAUCUCUUUGUCCCCUCUCAUGUAUAAAAAUUAAACACUUUCAGUAAUAGAGGUUCAGUCGCAUACCACCAACAACCUGUAUUGUUUGGAAACAGCAAAGGGGCUAAAUAGGCCAGAAUGAGUGGGAAGUACAUAAUGGAGCUGAACUUAGAUCUCCCAUAUAUAUAUAACUGAUAUAAUUGGAGUGUGCAACAUUUCUUCCAAAAGAUUAUACAUUUACUAAAAUUGCUGCUACUCAUGGCAAAGGACCUGCUUCUUAUGCUUGCACAAAAUUGGAAAUGGUAUAUUCAAUCUUCUGCAAAUUACACACACGCUGGUCACACGCUAGUAUAACAAUUCUUAUUGUCUUUGUGGAUUACCAGUGAAAAGAAUGAAUAGAAUGAAGGCAGCGUAUUCCUUUUUUGUUAUUAUGAAGAUCCGCUGCAUUGUAUUUUCUUUGGAAGCAACUCUACUAGAAUGGCUCCUUGACAUUAGUGUAACUCACUUUAGGGAUAAGCACAUUUGAGUAUAAGC